UUUUAUUUUUUGCAGAAUUUGCUUGAUGUUUUGGAAUUGUGAAACAUUACAGAGUAAUGAGUUAUUUAUUAAAUCAAAGAUUAUCUGCAGGAAUUGUGAUAUUUUUAUGCUUAACUUCAGUCAUCAGCAAUCAACAGAAUAAAUUUGCCAAACUGCUGCAACGACCAAUUAUACAAGUAAAGAAUGCAGAAGAUGUCAGAACAGCUUAUGAUCCAAACCAGUUUGAUUUUGAACCAAUCAAGCAAGCUCCAAUGCAAAUAUCAAAAGUAUUGAACAUUGGUGAUGGUAAUAAAGCUUGGGUGAUUGAUAAUGCAGUUGCAUUUAAAGAUUUCAUGCAGUUUAAGGAACAUGUUCGAAGUGGUGACACAGACUUCACAUUUGCACAUCAAAACUUUUCUAAACUGAACAACCAGAGUUGGAAUGCACAAAGUGCUCCUUGGAUCAGAGAAAUGAAUUUGACAACUUUUCGUGAAAGCAAAGUGUGGAAAAGGUUACAGCCAUUUGUAGAAGAAAUACUGGGAAAAAAGGUCAACUUGCAAUAUUCCGAAAUAGAUUUCAUCAGAUGUUUAGACCCAAUGAAGCCAAUGACAAGUCCCUUUUGUGGAGCCAACAAGUACAUUCUCUCAUUCUUUGUCACUGACACAUUUAAACUAAAUAGUUAUGGACAACUUUCUUUCUACGCCAUGAGUAGAAAUCCAAACAUGAGCAAUAAUUCUCAACUUGAAGUCACUGAAACUGUUCAUCCUCAUGGUUUUCGAGCCACCUUGUGGCCAGCAUGUCACACAGUUUUGUUCCGAGCACCGAGCGUUAACUUUUUCCAGCAUCUGAUGCUGUUGCAUGUUGUCAUGACAACUGAUCUUAACAGUGAUGAGGUGGUAACUUCUCCAGCAUCAUUUGCAAGCAAUAAAAUUACUGCGAUGCAAGAAUUUGGAAACUUCAAAUUCCUGAAUGAAGACAGAAACAGGGUUAUCGAUUAUGGAAAACACUUGACCAGAACUCUAUAUGAUGGAACUAAAAACAGACCAAUUUAUAUCUUCGAUGAUUUAUUCACUUUGAAUGAGUUGAUACAAUGGAGGUCACAUCUUUGCAAAGCAAAUGCUCAUCUUAACGGAUUUGAUGCAGAACCAUCUGAAAGCCAUGAUAAUGUGCAAUGGAUGAAAUCAUUAAGUCCAGAAAAGUUUCUAAGGACAAGCAUGUGGCCAAGAUUACAAAGUUUCAUGAAGUAUGUUGACAAUUCAAGCAAUUGGUUUCCCUAUGAUGUUGCAUUAAACUAUAUCCGAGCUGCAGAUCAUACAAGGAUUCAUCCAGAUGCAAGAAAUAAUGAGGAAGAAUUUACACUUCUGCUAUACCUCAGUGAGGGUUUGACUCCGAAUGAAUAUGGAGAGACAGCGUGGGUUGUGAUGAAGAAAGAUGAUGGUGUGCUUGGUUAUAUUGGACGAGGUGGUGAAGUUUACGAAACAAUAGCUGCUGUUGCUCCUAAGUUUGGACGAUUGGUUGCCUUCAGAAAUAACAUUGAACAUUCUGCGCAUCCUCCAAGCUCACUAUACCUUGGUGGCAGGUUUUCAUUUGCUGUUAAAGUUGCAAAAAAUCGUCGCCUUGCUUACAUAAAGCGAUUGUAUGAGUUAAUGAGUGACUGGUCUGACCAGUUGAGUUCUCAAAUGCAAAUUUUAAUGAGGCAACUAAUGUAUGGAAAACAUGACAAUCCAUUAGUUUCGAAACUUUCCGAUGAUUUUAUAGAACAGUUGUUUCAAAAACUCACUAAAGAAUCAUCGGAUAUAGAGGAAGGUUAUGUGGUUGCUCAAUUCUGAUCAUGGGUUCAAAUCUUUAUCAAUUCCAAGCACUUUAGUUACUUUUUUGUGAAAUCUGAAAAUUGUAUUUAAAGUUCACAAAACCAAAAGAAACAUUUAAUGAGUAAUCAAGAUUUUAUCUAUUUGGAAGUAGGAAGCUUGUAACACUAAAUUCAUUCUAAAAAUCAGUAUACAAUUUAGACUACACAUGAUUGUUGCAUUUCAAGGCAAAAUUAGGUACAGACCAUUAGACCUAAAACUAUUUUACUCGAAAUAUCUCUGUGUUUAUACUACCAUGGAGAGUUUUUAUUGUAUGUCUAU